CGGCCUUCAUUAUAUCAGCUUCCGCCAUGAAUUGAAUGACUGUCAACAUAGUAUAGUACCCGAAAACAGAUCGCUAAAAUGGCCGGAAAUGUUGGUAUGGAGCAGCUUAUUCCUAUUGUGAAUAGGUUGCAAGAUGCCUUCGCGUCCUUAGGCCUCCCUCUUUCCCUUGAUCUACCCCAGAUAGCUGUAGUUGGAAGUCAAAGUGCGGGGAAAAGUUCGGUGUUAGAGAAUUUUGUGGGCAGAGAUUUUUUGCCGCGAGGGUCCGGUAUUGUAACAAGGCGCCCUCUGGUUUUACAACUGAUCAACAGCAAUACAGAAUAUGCAGAGUUUCUCCACAAGAAAGGUUCAUGCUUCACGGACUUUGCAGAGGUUCGUAAAGAAAUCGAGGCAGAAACAGACAGAGUAACGGGCCACAAUAAGGGCAUUUCCAACAUCCCAAUCAACCUCAGAGUCUAUUCCCCUCAUGUAUUGAACUUGACCCUGAUUGAUCUGCCUGGAAUGACACGGGUUGCUAUUGGAGACCAGCCCCCAGACAUAGAAAUGCAGAUCAGAGCCAUGCUUCUAGAAUUUAUCACCAAGGACAGUUGUCUUAUCCUGGCCGUAUCCCCCGCCAACACAGAUCUUGCAAACUCCGAUGCUCUAAAAAUAGCAAAGGAGGUAGACCCCCAAGGGUUACGGACAAUAGGUGUGAUUACCAAACUAGACUUGAUGGACAAAGGAACAGACGCCAGGGAAAUCUUAGAAAACAAAACUCUACCAUUGAGGAGAGGUUAUGUUGGAGUUGUGAACAGAAGUCAACAAGAUAUUGAUGGAAGAAAGGACAUUCGAGCAGCAUUGGCCGGGGAACGCAAGUUCUUCCUUAGUCACCCUUCAUACAGGCACAUGGCUGACAGAAUGGGUACGCCCUACCUACAAAGAGUGCUGAAUCAGCAGCUAACAAACCAUAUUCGUGAUGUUCUGCCUACCCUCAGAAACAAACUCCAGUCUCAGCUUCUGUCCAUGGAGAAAGAUGUCCAGGAGUUCAAGAACUACAGACCUGAUGACCCCUCCCGAAAAACUAAGGCCAUGAUGCAAAUGAUUCAACAGUUUAAUGUCGACUUUGAUAAAAGCAUCGAAGGUUCUGGAACAGAGAUUAACACCCGAGAAUUGUCAGGGGGAGCCAAAAUCAACAGGAUAUUUCACGAACGCUUUCCUUUUGAGCUGGUCAAGAUUGAAUUUGAUGAGCGUGAACUCAGGAAAGAAAUUAGUAUAGCCAUCAGAAACAUCCAUGCUAUCAGAACUGGUCUCUUUACUCCAGAUAAAGCCUUUGAGGCUAUAGUAAAGGAAUACAUCAAGAAACUAAAACAGCCAUCUCUGAAAGCUGUGGAUAUGGUGGUUACAGAGUUAACAAAUGUUGUACACAAGUGCACAGAAAAGAUGAGCAGAUAUCCCAGGCUACGAGACGAGACAGAAAGUAUUGUUAACAACCGCAUCAGGGAACGUGAGAUGGUUGCUAAGGACCAGCUCUUGAUGCAUGUAGAAUUUGAGCUGGCUUACAUAAACACCAAUCAUGAAGAUUUUAUUGGAUUUGCCAAUGCCCAUAACAAAGCCGAAAAUAAGGAAAGGAAAAAAGUUGGAAAUCAGGUGAUACGUAAGGGAUAUCUGACUCUACACAACAUCAGCUUCAUGAAGGGAGGCUCCAAGGACUUCUGGUUUGUGCUGACAGCUGAGAGCAUCUCCUGGUACAAGGAUGAAGAGGAGAAAGAGAAGAAGUAUGUGUUGACGGUGGACGGCCUUUUAGUCCGAGAUAUCCCAGACUCGGGUUUUGUGAAUAAGAAAAAGUCGUUUGCACUCUUUCACCAAGAUAACAGGAAUGUAUACAAGGACUACAAACAGCUUGAACUGUCAGCGGAAAACCAGGAGGAGGUCGACAGUUGGAAGGCCUCCCUGCUCAGGGCGGGGGUGUACCCCGACCGAUCCCAGAACGACGAGGAGAGAAAGGACAAGUCGCGUUCGGGAAAAGAUGACAUGGGCUCUAUGGACCCUCAGUUGGAACGACAAGUGGAGACCAUCAGGAACUUGGUGGAAUCCUACAUGAAGAUUGUCAACAAAACUCAGAGAGACCAUGUUCCCAAAUGCAUUAUGUCAAUCAUUGUGAACGAUGUGAAAGAUUUCAUUGGUGCUGACCUUCUAGCUCACCUAUACUCCACAACAGAGCAGGGAUCACUGAUGGAAGAGUCUGCUGAAGAGGCACAGAGGAGAGACGAGCUGAUUCGUAUGUACAGCGUGACCAAGGAGGCGCUGAGUAUCAUCGGGGACAUCACCAUGAACACUAACUCCACCCCUGUACCCCCACCUGUAGACGAUGAAUGGCUCAAAGUCGACCAAUCUGUACAAAAUGGAAGACCAAAUUCUCGGCCAUCUUCCCCGAAGCCUGGACGAGCUCCACCCCCACCACUGCCCAACCGACCGGGCAGUGCUCCCCCACAGAAUGUCCCAGCGAGGCCCGCACCAAACAUUCCAUCCAGACCGGCGCCUAAUGCGCCUGGUGGACUCAGUGCAUCCAACGCAGCAGCGGUGGCGAACAUGAUGGGAGCUAACGUUCCUCCCAUUCCAGCGAAAUAUGAUGUGCAAAUAGAUCGGAAAACAGCACAGAAAGGCUGGAAUGUUGGCCAAGCGGUUGGAAGUGCAUAUAUGCGCAAUCGCCCUGGAUCACAAGCAAAUGUUCCCAGAAUUCCAGAGCGACCAUCAAUUCCAUCAAGACCAAACAUGAACUGAGAGGAAGAUGAUCGUAGGCAAUGGAGUGAGUGGAAGCAGGAACUGCUUGAUGUUUUAUUAUGCAAAGGCACAGAGUGGAUAUCAUUCUUACUUGGAAUAAGCCUGGAUUUCACAACAAAAGAUUUGCUGGGAGCUGUGAUAGGGGCGUCAGCUGGCUGGUGACCUAUUUAAUUCUUCCAGAUCAAGAAAACUGGACUUCUUUCCUGUUCUUUUUUUUUUUUUACCACAUUAUGCACUGUAAAACCAUUUGACAAGAAAGGGAUAAUUAAUCACAAGAAACUAAUUUUGAAUUUGCUACAUGAAUAGCAGCUGAUUGCUCUCAGUUUGGUUCCAAGACAAACUGAAUGUAUAAUUGUCUCAAAAAUAUUGCUCUGAUUAGCUAUGGGAAAUUCUAAAUCUUGAUUUUAAUUACCACGUGAAUUAGUACAGGUAUUGUUAAAAAAAGAAAUGUGUGGGUGUAUAACUAAACUUGUCCUAGAUCAAUGGUAACGUAUACUAGAUCAGUGGUAACUUGUACUAGAUCAAUGGUAACUUGUACUAGAUCAGUGUUAACUUGUACUACAUCAAUGGUAACUUGUACUAGAUCAGUGGUAACUUGUACUACAUCAAUGGUAACUUGUACAUGUACUAGAUCAGUGGUAACUUGUACUAGAUCAAUGGUAACUUGCACCCUGAUGUGAUGUCAUCAGACACCUAUUUAUUCCGUAGAAACCAGUAGUAGCCAUAUAACGUCAAAAUUGGAAUAAUUGUUGUGAUAUGUUUAUACUUGUACAUGGUAGUGCAUGCACUCAUAUACAUGUACUAGAAAUAAGAAAGGAAAAUUAUAUAUGUAUAAGAAAUAUAUGUACUGUUAAAAUGUAUGUGGCCCCUGAUAGGAAACUUUGCAUUAAUCAAUAGUUUUUAUAUUGAUUUUAACAUUUAUCAAUAGACAGUGAAAAGAAUAUUAUGCUGCUUUGGGGAAAAAAUAUCGUGAUUUUUCAUUGCUGCAGAAAUUAUUUCAUGUAUGUAUUCAUUUGAGAUGUUCAUAGAUUGUUAUAUAUGACAUUUUCGACCAUAUCUUUUUAUCAUGUUCAUCAUUUGAAUUGUUGGUACUAUGUGAUGAUUUGUGCAAUCUUUGUUUGACUUUUGUAGGCCAGAUGUACAGUUGUCUUGUGAAGGAUGUACAAGUUCUGUUUUUGUUGACAGUAUAGAAAUCAAUAUGCAAACUGUUGCUCUAUGGUUCUGUGUAUCUGUUUAACAGACUGCAUGUUGAAACACGACAUCACAGACCUUUGUUCACUCCGUAGCAUCUCUGCUCAUCUUUUUUACAACUAGCAUUUUGAAGCCAGAUUUAUGGAUACUACUAUUAGUUAGGUCAUUUGAUAACCAUGAAAUUUUUAUUUUUAUCAAUUUUCAUCAUUUUUUUUUUUUUUUUUUUUGCAAUUUCAAAAUAACUCUACAUAAAACAAUGAAGAAGACUGUCACUUCAAUCAGUUGUAUGGAAUAUGAUAAUUUAUAUAAUUUGAUAUUGGUAGACUAUGAAUGUGGAUAGACUUGAUACAUAGUCUUAUCUAGGUUCACAAGUGUGCACUCUUGAUAGCGAAAUUGAUAUUUCUUGUGCAUUUAAGCAUUUAGUAGAAAAAAAAUGGUUUAUUUGUUGUGUGAUAGUUUGCUCAUAAUCUUCAGACAAAAAGAGGGUGGGUUUCAAGGUUAUGAAUGAAGGGGAAACUGAAAAAUUUUGAAUAAAAGAUAUUAAAGAGAAUCAGAUUUGUUACUUCUCAGAUUUAAUAUUUAAGCCAAGAUCUUGAAAACCAAUCUGUGUAGUAGCUACAACUGUAAACUGUAUAGAAUUAAUAGGUCAUAAACCAGUCAUGUCGUGUACAGAUCAUGUAAUAUACAACAUAAUAAAUUAAAGUGAUAUAAAAUGAA